UUUUUUCAAAGCUGAAGUUGGCUAUGCUUUGUAAAGCUGCCAGCUGAGGACUCUGACAGAGGCAAGCACACUCAUUCUCAAAAACUGCAGCCGCUGGGAUUGCUGCCUCCCGAGGCUCCAUGCCAGACAGACUGAGCAUUCGAGUCACGCUUGCUACGGCAGCCUGGAUGGUUUCUUUCGUCUCUAGUCAGUCAUAUACAAAAAAUACUUUGCCAGAUAUUGAAAAUGAAGAUUUCAUCGAAGACUGUGUUCGAAUUCAUAAUAAGUUCCGAUCAGAGGUGAAUCCAACAGCCAGUGAUAUGCUAUACAUGACUUGGGACCCAGCACUAGCGCAAAUUGCAAAAGCAUGGGCAAAACAUUGUCGAUUUGCACAUAAUGUACAACUGAAGUCACCCCACAGGCUGCACCCAAACUUUACUUCACUGGGAGAAAACAUCUGGACUGGAUCUCUAUCCAUCUUUUCUGUGUCUUCAGCCAUCACAAGCUGGUAUGAUGAAAUCCAGUACUAUGACUUUGAGACUCGGAAAUGCAAUAAAGUCUGUGGCCAUUACACUCAGGUUGUUUGGGCAGAUAGUUACAAAGUUGGCUGUGCAGUACAAUUUUGCGCUAAAGUUUCUGGCUUUGAAAGUCUUUCCAAUGGAGCACAUUUUAUAUGCAACUAUGGACCAGCAGGAAAUUACCCAACAUGGCCAUAUAAGAAAGGAGCCACUUGCAGUGCCUGCCACAAUAAUGACAAGUGUUUGGACAAUCUCUGUGGUGAGUAAAAGAAACAAUCUAAC